AUGCUAGGGUAUACCAAUGCUGGUAUUCCUGACAAAUCAUGGCAACCACCCGUUGCGGUACUAGAAACAACCAUGGGCACAAUCAUUGUGGAAAUGUAUUGGAAACAUGCACCAUUAACAUGUAGAAAUUUCAUGGAAUUAGUACGAAGAGGUUAUUAUAUGAACACAAAGUUUCAUAGAGUCAUUCGAGACUUUAUGAUUCAAGGUGGAGAUCCAACAGGUACAGGCAAAGGAGGACAAUCAAUUUAUGGACCCACAUUUAAUGAUGAAAUAACACCAGAUUUGAAGCAUACCGGUGCAGGAAUUUUAUCAAUGGCAAAUGCUGGUCCUAACUCAAAUGGAUCUCAAUUUUUUAUUACCCUAGCACCAACUCAAUGGUUAGAUGGAAAGCAUACAAUCUUUGGAAGAGUCCAAAGUGGCAUGUCUGUGGUAAAAAGAAUUGGUUUAGUUGAGUGUGAUAAGAAUGAUUAUCCUGUUGAUGAUGUAAAGAUUGAGAAGGCCUAUAUACCUAAAUAA